AUGCCUCUUUCAGAAAAUGGGACGAUCAAUCUGACGAACAAUAUAGCAAUAAUACUUAUCCGCUACUGCCAGCGUCUGAAUCGGCUGUGCAUAUGGAGUCCUCCAUCACGGAGCGGUCGUCCAGCAAGGAUUACUGCCGAGUCUGAACCUAAUGCGCGGAAGAAGCGUCGCAAACGAGCGUCUAAGAGUGUAGAGAUGACACCAGAAGGGAAUGGUCGUUCGGACUGUGCGCGAGAGCUUGUUUACCCCAAUCCCGGCAGCACUGUCGCUCACCCUCCUCCUCCUCCUCCUCCUCUUCCUCCUCCUCCUCCUGCUGCUGCUGCUGCUGCUGCUGCUACUGUCGGGAUAGCAGAGGUACCACCGCCAUCAGGACCGCCAUCCAUUGCCGAAUGGAACAUGUUCGAUAUCUUCAGCUUCCCAAUCCCGCAUGAUAACUUGCAGGAGAAUGUCAUUCCACCAUUGUCUACUCCACAUAGUGUUAUUCCUCCGAUGCCCAGUUUAACUGACUUUCUUCAACUGCCUGCCCAUGGAUUAGCAGGCCUGAGCACUCAACCCGGAGUCCUCGAAGAUAAGAAGCGCACCCUCCGGACUACUAGACUCACUGCGCGACAUCAACCAAGAGCUCUCCGACGUCAACUCCUAUUAUUAUCAGGUUAUCGCGUUUUGUACACGCAUAAACCCUAAUUAUAAUAGACGAGCACGGUAGUAACCUAGUUGACCAGUAUAAUCAGAAGUAUUCCUAGGGCUAAAGCCAUACAGCUAAGCUAGCUUAAUAGUAUAUCUGUAGUAGUAUCCACAGC